CACAGCGCACAGCCAGUGCGGCAGGCCGCGCCGCAGCCGGAGCAAAAGGCAGCACCGAAAAGCCCCUUUCCCCCUCGGCCGCAUGCCCGCAUCCCACAUCAUGACGAUGGCGACGCCGACCCGUCGCUGCGGCACUAGUGCCAGCGCCAGUGCCAGUGCUCACGCAGUGUCGCUGAACGGGCGGUGGAGUGCCAGUGCUCGCGCAGUCGCGCUGAACGGGCGGCCCACCGCCACUGAGUCUGAGACUCGGCAACUCCACUCCCGCCUCGCCCCCGCUUGCUUCUCCGACUUGUGCACCCCCACCGCGCGCGCCACCUUUCGCUUUCGCUUUCCCUUUUGCGCCCCGCAUCGCACUUAUCUGCUUCCUUGGGCGAUUUGGACUGGACGGGGUCGAGUGGGGCGAGAAAAGGGAAGCAAGCUGGGAGAGAAGAAUCACACCGGGCCGUGCCGAUGGGUGUUUACGAGUAGCAGUUGUAUCUCGUUGACCUCACCGCCUGCAGGGCACCAAGGAGGAGAUGACUUCCCCGAAGCGGGCAGCAGGGCGGGAAGGGUGCGGAUGCUUGGCCGCCGUCGCGCGGGGCCUCCGCGGGGCGUGCUUCCGGCCGGCGGUGACGGCGGACGGUGACGGCGGCGGCUCGGCCAAGGGCAGCCACGUUCACGACGCAGCAGCAGAGACAAGAUAUCUGAAUGCUAGCAAUCGGGAGCUUGGUGAUCAUUUUCAGACAAAACGCGAUGGUGAAAAUGGUGUUGAUGCAUCAAUUGAAAAGAGAACACCCAAGCUACUUCAGUUUACCUUUCAAGAGUUGAAAUCUGCCACGCUUAACUUCAGGCCAGACAGUAUUCUUGGGGAGGGUGGGUUCGGUUAUGUAUUCAAGGGGUGGAUUGAGCCAAACAGCACUGCUCCUGCAAAACCUGGCACAGGGGUUACUGUGGCAGUCAAAAGUUUGAAGCCAGAUGCGCUUCAAGGUCAUAGAGAAUGGGUGGCAGAAGUGGACUUUCUGGGACAGUUGCAUCAUAAACACCUUGUUAAGCUGAUUGGAUAUUGUAUUGAGGAUGAUCAAAGGUUACUUGUAUAUGAAUUCAUGGCACGGGGAAGUCUUGAAAAUCAUCUUUUCAGAAGGGCUCUUCCCCUACCUUGGUCCAACAGGAUGAAGAUUGCUCUAGGUGCCGCGAAAGGACUAGCCUUCCUCCAUGGAGGUCCCAAACCUGUUAUUUACAGGGAUUUUAAGACAUCGAAUGUUCUUCUUGAUGUGGAGUACAACGCAAAACUAUCUGAUUUCGGUUUAGCAAAAGCUGGUCCUCAGGGUGAUAAAACUCAUGUAUCUACUCGGGUUGUUGGCACCUAUGGUUAUGCUGCACCAGAGUAUGUAAUGACAGGGCACUUGACAUCUAAGAGUGAUGUUUAUAGCUUCGGAGUUGUGCUACUCGAGAUGUUGACUGGGAGAAGAUCAAUGGACAAGAAGCGGCCUACGGGGGAGCAGAACCUGGUUGCAUGGGCAAGGCCUUACCUAAAUGAUCGGCGAAGGCUCUAUCAGCUUGUAGAUCCUCGCUUGGGGCUGAACUACUCUGUCAAAGGGGUGCAAAAGGUCGCUCAGAUCUGCCACUACUGCCUUACCCGUGACAGUAAGUCUCGCCCAUCGAUGGAUGAAGUUGUCAAGCAACUCACACCAUUACAAGAUCUAAACGACAUGGCAUCUGCUUCGCCAAGGCCUCGCUCAACUCAGCGCGGAAAGGUGCAUCGAUGACAACCCGGUUCUGUUGUAAGAAGAGCAGUGUGGUCCUGGUUGCUUGAUGCUUGUUUGGUUUAAUUGUAUAGCAAAAUUAGGUGUUGCCUGCCGAUACCUGGAGAUGUGACACCGCCUGAUGUGUCGCUCAGGUCAGUCACACUGCUCUGCUGUUUGGCUGGUUGCCAAAGCAAGAUAACGAUGUAUCUGGUUGCAUCAUGUAAUAAUUAUUAUAAUUACCAUUUAACUUCUGGCGGGGGUACAUCAUGUAAUGGUUGGUGUACACCCAGGUUAGUAAUCUUAAUAGUGUUUGGCUGACAGGCUGAGGGUCAGUAGACGGUGUGCAGUUCGCUUUUUUCAGGGGAAAGGUACAGGUGUUAAAUUGUGAUUGUACA